UUUUCUCAUCAAGUUUUCUUGUUUCUGCGAGGCUUGACAAACCUCGCAGAACAAAGAAAACUGACACACUUUGGUUCACAAAUUUAGUCAAUUUUAUUCUCUUUCUACUUCCUUAUCCAAUAUAUAUAAUAGUACCCCUUUUAUCCCAAGUUACUUAAACCUUCGUAUAUUGGUAUCUUGUUUGUUAAGUACAAGAAAUGGAGGUGCACUCUCCUGUUAUAGCAAAGAAGCUCUGGAACGUGUUGAGAAUCACCUUCUUCAUGAUAAGGAAGGGUUUGGUAUCAAAGAGGAAGCUGAUUAUGGACAUGAAUUUGAUGAUGAAGAAAGGAAAACUUCUCAGAAAAUCCAUGAGCAAUUUCAUGUCAUCUCAUUACCACCAUCAUCAUCAUAAUCAUGAUUCAAAGAGUUUGGCACGUGGCUACGGCAUGCAAGAAUAUGAAUUCUCAUGCAGUAACAGCCCAAAUCCUGUUUUUUUCCAUGUGCCAAAGAGAAAGCACCAUUUCAACUUCCCUUGCAUGAACACCCCAGAGGUUGUGGAAGAGCCUAGGCCUGUGGUUUUGGUUCCCAUGACACCUGAAUGCACUUUCAACCUUAGGUUUGAUAAUGCAUCUGAUUUUGCUUCUGGGGAGAUGAAGAGCCCCCUCCUCUCACCCUUCUCUGUGAGGAUAUCCAAUUUCUCAUCUGAGGAUGAGAAUGAAGAGGGUGGAAGUGGUCAAGUUGAUGAUCAGGCUGAGGAUUUCAUCAGAAGGUUCUAUGAACAGCUAAGAACGCAAAGCCGCAUGCAGUUGCUGCAGUACCAAGAAAUGUGACUCUAGAGAAAAGAAUAAGUGUGUGCCCCUCAAUUUGAUCAACAAGUUUAGCCAUUCCUUUGUUGAUCUAAUUUCAACUUGACCCUGUUUGUGGUCCGUGCUCUAUAUUUCAUGCUGUAUAGUUUUUGAGCAUUGGAUAUACUUCCAUUUGUGAUUCUAUUGGUUUUCAUGGUAUAAAUUUAUAAAAUUUGAUUUUUAUAUUUUUAUUAUAU